UCCACAAGUCCAGUCCAGUGAGCUGCACUAGUCCUGAGAGCCACUAGCUCAGAGAAGUAGUCCAGCCACUCCAGAAGCAUUUCAGAUCCUGAACCUUGCAGCUGCAGCACACACCAAGCUUAAACUUUUCAUAGAUUUAACUCAAUCAUUGCUGAGUGAUAGCCUCUUAUUUCUUCAUCACACUCCUGCUCAUUCAGAUUACACCUGAGACUCUGAACAGAAUUGAUGAUGGGGAUGCAGCAACGCUCACACAGCUUUCUAGUCCUUCUCCUCAUUGUCUUCAUCUUUGGGAUUGCCCUCUCUGGCCCAUCAACGCCCCGCAGGAGCAGAGUGAGACGUCAGAACAUGAAAGUCCGUAUCAACGCCACAGGAGACACCAUCGUGAUGAAGUUUUUGCGUCCCAACUCCGACACCAAGCUCGAGGGCUACAUCCUCGGCUACGGCAGCAGCAUGUUCUCCAAACAGUUUAUUCAGCUGCCUGAGAACGGACAGCUAUAUGAGACAGAGUUCGAUGCUGAGCCCAAGUACCUUAUAGCUGUCCAGCCCAUCCCAACCAACGACGUGAAAAAGCACUGCACAGGUAAAGUGGAACUGGAGAAGCCACUGCACUUAGUCAUUGGGUCGGUAACGCCAACUUCAGUCCUCCUGUCCUGGGGGACCCUGCUGAAAACCCCCUAUGAAGGCAAUGUCAUGAAGGACUGUCUUGAGGAUGGACACUACACGGUGCGUUAUCGUGAGAGGAACAGGAAGUGGAACUAUCAGACCUGCCCAACUAGUGACACCGUCAUUGACCAUCUGAAGCCUAACGCAGUCUAUGAGUUUGGUGUUCAGCCCAACUCUAAAGAUGGCACUGGAGUGUGGAGCAAACCAGUCAUCCACAACAUAAGCUCAGGGGGCAUAGAGGAGAAGGCCAUCAGGAAAAUCUUUAACCGUCCAGUCCCCCCUGUGAAGCCGCUAACGCCAGAUCAACUCCAUUUCCCCUUUGCUCCUCGUCAUGUUCCCCAUAACAGGACCAAGAGCAGAGUAACACUCAUCAGGGAAAUAUCCCCAAAGACAACUCUUGCUCCAACCACAACUACUAGGCAGGAAUCUCUGUCAACCCCUGGACCCAAACUACCUGUGGUCACCACACUGCCUAUCGGUAAAAAAGACAAUCACGGAGGAGACCACUCCAGAUCUCUUUUUCCUCCUUCCCUGGAAAUCCCGUUAGCUCCCUUGCCAGCCCCCCAGGAAAAUGUGGAGAAUCCAGAAACUCAACCAAACCCUCAGCUUCAGCCAGAGCAUCCACAUCUUCCACAAUCACAGCCCCAAACCCCUAAGGCUCAAAUUAAGAACUGGGCCACGACCAAGCCUCAACAACAUCCUUCACAAACAUCACAGUCCAUACCCCAUACCCAACCAAAAAUGCAACCUGAACAAACAUCCCAGUCCAGACCUCAGACAAAACCAGAUUCACAACCAACAUUCCAGAAGACACCUGACACCCAACCCCGACCACAAAUCAAACCAGCUUCCAAUCCUAUAGCAGAGCUGCAUCCCAAACCAGCAUUCCAACCCACUCUACAGACCCAACCACAACCAAAAUUCCAUCCAGCCACCAAGCCCAUACCCCAGAUCAAGCGGAAUACCCAACAAACAUCCCAACCCAUACUACAAACUCAACCCCAACCAAAACUCCACCCAGGCUCCAGUCCCAUACCCCAGACCAGGCCAAACCCCCAACCAACAUCCCAACCCAUUCUACAGACCCAACCACAACCAAAACGCCAUCCAAUCUCCAAGCCCAUAACCCAGAUCAAGCCAAAACUCCAACCAACAUCCCAACCGAUAAUGCAAACCCAAUCACAACCAGAAUCCAUGCCCAUAAAUCCGACCAAGCCAAAACCCCAACCAACAUCCAAGUCCAUACCCCAGUCCAAACCCCAAGCAACAACUCAACUCAUGUUACGACACAUUCCUCAAUCACAACCCCCUCCAGCAUCCAAAUCUGUUCUCCCGAUCAAACCAAAACCCCACACAACAUCCCAAACCAUACCACAUACCGUAUCACAACCACAUCCUCAACAAACCUCCCACCACAAACCGCAGAUCAAACCAAAGACCCAUCAAACACCUCAUCCCAAUCUCCAUACCCUUUCUACUUCAGCAGCUCACACAAAACCCUAUUUGCAAUCAAAGCCUAAAACUACAACGCGGCUCCCGACUGAACACAAACUUCAACCAAAACUCCAGCUAAAACAUCAGGUCCAUUUUCAAACACAACCACAUGCUAAGACCAUGACCCCGGCUAGGGUUCAAACAAUAACCCAUCCCACAAUCAUGACACACCCACUGACACCUCAACCAACACUUCAGCACAUACCUCAGACCCAACCAGCACUACUGAAGAUUAAUGUCAAACCCCAACAUCAACCAAAAUCUUACUCCACAGUUCAGCCUCAAAUCAACACACAAUCUCAACCAAAGAUUAACCCACAGCCUCAACUAAAAAGAAGACCUGUGACUGAAGGAACAACUAAGCAGCAGUCAAAGAAGCAUCCCAAGCCCAAAAAAAACCUUCAAACCUGGGACAAAACUAAGCCUAAAACACAGCCUAACCCGAAGAGCCAAUCCAAGCCUCAACCAUCACCUCAACUAAAUAAACAAAAGCUUCAACCACAUUGUCAACCAAAGAACCAAACGAGGGUCAAACAAACUCACACAAAUAAUAAACAGUUGCCACAAUCACAAUAUCCUAUAAAGACCCAAACCCAACCUGCACCUCAUUCUAAACAUCUUCUUAAGCCUCUACCUCCACCAAAGGCUCAGUCUAAGUCCCAACUUGAUCCUCUACCCAAGCCACACCCUACAUCUAGGUCCCAACAACAAUCUCAACCAGGGCUUCAGUUUGAGACUCAGUCCAGGAGCUACUCUGAUACCUCCAACGUCACACCAAGGCAGGCUGUUGCUACGGCUCCUAGUCCACCAGAAGAGGGCAAGCCUCUACCAAGACCUGCCCUGGCUACAGAGAAGGCUGGUAGUAAUAAUCAGGGUACUGGUUUCGUCAAAUCAUCCAUUGCAGAAGUUCCUCAAUCUCCUAUUAGCUCAUCAGUUGCUCCAGCAGGAAGAAACAGCACUCAGUCUCGCAGCGGGGUUCCUCCAAAUUCCAAUCAUAAAAGUGUCCGACCAUUUUCUCCAUCCAAGAAACUCACCUCCUCUCAAAGCUCCAGCUCACCUGGUGCAGUCGGUGGAGCGCAUCACAGGGGCAAUGCUCUUGCUAAACCUGCGGUGUGGCCAAGAGAGAAACCUGUUCAGCGUCCAUCUAGUCCUGUCAACAAGACUCCCAACCUGGUGGGGAAACCCAGUGACCAUGAUAAACCCAUGGACCUGAAACAAGGAGAAAAGGAGUCCAUCUUGAAACCAUUCCCUCUGGUCACAGCCAAACCCAAGCAAGAGCGCAGACAACAGACAACCACCUCCGCCCCUGCAGUAAACAGCAGCCGCUUUGACAUAAAUGAAAAUUCCUCCAUAUUCAGGCCGAUGCCUGCAUCUGAAGUAGACAUCAUGGGCAAGAAACGCUUUGUAGCUCCUCAUGUGAUCUACAAGACUGAUAAGAAGCCAGAUGAGCCGUGCUCCAUCACCUCCUCCCUCGCUUACUUCCCUGAUGAGGAGGGGGCUGAUCAGAAUGUGACCGGUCCUCCCCGCGUGCCUCCUUCCAACCUUACUGUGGUUACUGUGGAGGGCUGCCCGUCUUUUGUCAUUCUUGACUGGCAGAAAUCUGACAACGAAACUCGAGAGUAUGACGUCAUAUCCACCACGAAAGGACCAAAUGGAGAGGAGGUGUCUGUACUAACAACCAACCAGACACACACAGCUGUGGAGAAUCUCAAGCCAGAGAGCAGUUAUGAAUUCACAGUAACACCAAGAAAUGAGCUGGGAACAGGACCCUCCAGUGAUCCUGUGUCUUUUAACACAGAAUCAGCUGAUCCGCGAGUGAGCGAAAAUGUGUCAGGCAAAGAUGCCAUCUGGACUCAGUUCCCAUUUAAAACGGAUUCCUACUCCGAAUGCAAUGGAAAGCAGUACGUGAAGAGAACUUGGUACCGGAAAUUUGUUGGCAUCCAGCUCUGCAACUCUCUGAGAUACAAGAUCUACCUGAGUGACUCUCUUAACGGGAAAUUCUACAACAUAGGAGAUCAGACGGGACAUGGUGAGGACCAUUGUCAAUUUGUGGACUCUUUUCUGGAUGGACGGACUGGCACUCAGAUGUUUGCUGACCAGCUGCCAAGCAGGCCAGGGUUUUAUAGGGCCUUAAGACAGGAGCCUGUGCAUUUUGGAGAGAUUGGAGGGAAGUCACAUGUUACUUAUGUUGGCUGGUAUGAGUGUGGUACACCCAUACCCGGGAAAUGGUAAGACCCACAUGGCUAUGAAGGAGGGAUAAAUUGCUGCAGAAGUAGUAGAAGAAGAAGAAGAAGAAGAAGAAGAUGCCUAACCAGGCUUGAAGGGAUGUUGGGCUUUCUUUCAUAUUACCAUGGACACUGUAGAUGGGUCUGUUUGUUUGAACUCAGCCCUCUCUUCCGGGUAUGAUCCUGUCCAAGACUAUUAGGUGUCACAAAACUCAAUGGAGUGUAUUUGUAACAUCGGUCUCCGUUUCUGUAUUUAUCAAAAAAGGUCACAAUGGACGCAAGAAUGCAGGUGAACUAAAAUGCUGAAUAUACAGUAACCACAGAGAACUUCUUGGGAAGCUGGCUCCCAAAGUGUCAUAACUUGUUUGAUGUUAUUUAUCAAGGAGAUUGUUAUUGAAUUUUCUCUGUGUCCUCUGGCUUUUGAUAUAAGAAAGUUAAAACAGUACUUGCAUGUCGGCAUACACAUUGUACACACACAUUUGUAUACAAAGAGUUGACAAUGAUACUUCACUGUACAUUUUGAUUAUGUAAAAUACAAGUAAACACAGACAUGCAGAAUCAACCUUCUGCUGGCCCAAAGGGAUUAUUAACAGUUGCAGUUUGCACAUUAUUAAACUUGUGUUAAUAUAUGUAUAUGAUGUCAAAUGCAAUUUGUAUACCAGGGAUAAAAAAAAGUUUGGAUCAUUUCAGGUAAAAGAAGAAAAGCUUUGGCCAAAUGAAUGAUCUAUUGCAAGCCGAAGCUAAUACUCCUAUGGUGUCGUUUAGAAAAAAAAAAGAUUUUUUUUUUUUUUUUUUAUGUUUGUGAAGGCUCAGCCUGUAAAAAAAAAUAUAUUUUUAAAAAUAAUAACAAAACUGAGGUUCCAUAUGAAAUGAAAUAACAAAUGACGUUAUUUAUGUUUUUGUGUUCAAAGUAACUUCAUGUACAUAAAGCUUUCAAUUAUUGGAAAGAAAUGUUCACUCUGUUAAGCACAAUGUUUAAUUUCAGCAAUAAAUCUUGUUUUCAUA